GGGCAUCGCAGGAGAGGGUGUUCCACUUCAGACGGGCGCCGAGCCAUGUGUAUAUAAAGCCUGGGGCAGCAGCCCGGCAGGGUUGUUUAGCACAACCACACCUCGGCUCACUUGGCAGCACGGCCAGGCACUGCCGGAGCGCCGGCAGCUGAACCCCGAAGUACCCGAGUGUGGGAGCGAUCUGCCGAUGGGCCUCCGCCUGCUGCUGGUUCUGGCGCUGCUUCAGGCAGUUUGGAAAGGUGCUCUGGGAAAGUCCCAUUCACUGCACACUCGAGGAAUCAUUGAACUGGCUGGAGCCAUAACGUGUGGCACAGGACGGUCUCCCUUGGCAUAUAUCGGCUAUGGAUGCUACUGUGGACUAGGAGGACGAGGCUGGCCUAAAGAUAAAACAGACUGGUGCUGCCACAGGCAUGACUGCUGCUAUGACACGGCAGAGAAGGAAGGCUGCAACCCCAAGGUGCAGCGCUACCAGUGGGCAUGUGAGCAGAACACCGUGCGGUGCGAUAACCUGACAGACCGAUGUGAAAAAAUGGUGUGCCUGUGUGACCAAGAAGCAGCCAAGUGCUGGGGAGCAGCCCCAUACAAUCCUCAGUUCAUCCUCUGGCCAGACUUUUUAUGCGGACAGACUCAUCCCACCUGCCAUGUCAGAUAUGGAGGGCCAGAAUAGUAUUUUUAGGACCUUUCUUCGCACAAUUUGAACUUGAAGGUGGUGGAAUAAAAUUUUUCCUCAUUUUCCAGAUCUAACAAUGGUGUGAGAGAAUUUCUAUCAGUCCCAGAUUUAUGGGGAGGAGAGACAGACCAGAAAGGUGCAGAGGUGGAGUUUCCCUCUCUGUGAGAGAGCACUUGGAAUGUAUUGAGCUCUGCCUUUGGGUGGACAACAAAGAAGUCAAGAUCUCAUGGGUUAGGAAAAAAGGGCAGACUAAUAGAGGUAACACUGUUGUGGGUGUUUGCUACAGGCAAACACCCAGCAUGAGGUCUUCUACAGACAACUUGAAGCAGCCUCACAGUCACAGGCCCUGGUUCUGGUGGGGGACUUUAACUACCCUGACACCCGCUGGAGAAACAACAGGUGACAGAAGUGAUUAAGGGUCUGGAGUAUCUCUCUUAUGAGGAAAGGCUGAGGGAACUGGAUCUGUUCAGCCUUGAGAAGAGAUGACUGAGAGGGGACCUCAUCAGUAUUGAUGAAUAACUGAAGGGAGGGGUCAGGCUCUGCUCAGUGGUGCCAAGCAAUGGAACAAGAAGGCAUUGAGUAGAAAUUGAAUCACAAGGAGCUCCACCUAAACAGGAGGAAGAACUUCUUUACUGUGCAGGUGACCAAGCACUGGAACAGGUUGCUCAGAGAGGUUGUGGAGUCUCCCUCACUGGAGA